AUGACCAAUUCGAUAACUGAUGCAGAUUAUGGGAACCAUGAAUUUUCCACAAUAUUGGCAAGACCAAGACCCAUCCGAAUCCGAAUCGUCCUUAUUGCCGCUUUUGACAUAUCGUGUGAUGUUAAAAUCGGGCGGCAUAAAAAGCUUCUGCCUUUCCCACCGGCCCUUAUCAGCCCUAUAAAGAGACGGGUGUCGGUUAAUGCUCCAGAAGCACUUUGUGCAUCUCGACCUAACCGUAAAAGCCCAGAAAAACCCGUGGCUCGUUUGGCUUAUGUAAAGGUAGCACCACCGCAUGGGAAAUGCGACCUGCUCGAAAUCGAAUCGGCCAUCGUUCGCGAGGGUAAUCUCGAUCUCCGGGAAGAGGCUGCCGAGGCCACUGGCGGCGGAUGGCCGGAGGAGGAGGAGGAGCGCCACCACCACCACCGGCAAGUGGCUCGUGGAUCUCAUCGAACCAUAUGCAAGGGAAUUGAUUAUUAA